GGAGCAGCGGCGGGGAUGAGAGCUGGCCACCCCGACGCCUUUCUCAGAGAUGGCCUCAGCUGAGCAGUGAUCCUGCCGCUGCGCACUGGGAAGACUGACAGGUGACUGACAGGUGACCGUCCGUCCGUCCUCUCCCCCAAGAAAGGCGGCAAGAAGGAGGGGAGAAAAGGAAAACACACCCGCAUCAACCAAUGCGAACAUGUACAGCGUGGAGGACCUCCUCAUCUCUCAUGGAUACAAGCUGCCCAAGAACACGGCCUCCUCUACCACCCCCACCCCCACCCCUGCCUCUUCAUCCUCGUCCUCAUCCCGCCAGGCGCCCUCAUCCUCGCCGCCGUCGUACAGCAAGCACCACGAGAGCUCGGGGAGCCGGCCCGGUAGCCGCGCGCUGAACGGCUACGAACGAGGGUCGAGGGUGACGUUCAGUAACGACUCUCAAGCCUACGAGGCUGCAACCGCUUGCCCUAACAACAACGGAGAACCCAGGGACAGGAGCCAGUCCAGGCAGGAAGGCGAGGCCCAAGGCCAAGUUGACAUCCCGUCUUAUGGAGAUUCACUGACCUCAGACAUUGGGCUCUGCGAUGGCUCCAGAGGUCAACAGAUGCAGUCCAAGGACGUGUCCUUCUGGAGGAGGAGAGGCCAGGACUUCACCGUGCUGCUGGACUACGCCGACCUCAGAGAUCCCCACGCAAGUGGACAAUGGGACUACAAAAGGCCGCAGGGGCCUCAACAAGCCAGAGGUCAGGAGUUGUCCGCUGAGGAGCGCCAGAGGGUCGUGCAGGAGAGGCAGCGCUGGGCAGCCCAGGUACAGGCUCGUGCCAAAGAGAGGGAAGCGGCGCUCAAUCGAUGGAGACUGGCAGCUGAGAGGAAGUGCCAGAGCCUGGGGACAGACGAGUGGCGUCCAACCGUCAGCUUCAGUCGCCAGAUGUCGCAAAAUGAGGGUGAACGUUGGGCACUGGAGCAGCAACGGCUCCAUGCCAGGACACCAGAGGGAAUGGUAGUUCACCCCAGGACCAAAGCUAAAUCCCAGUCCAUGCCCAGGAUGUUGCGGCCUGGGAGCCUGCAAUAUGUGGACGUGGCCUCGUGCGGUCAGGAACUGUACAGACGUGUCAACGGUCACCCCCUGUCACACCAUGACCUUUACAGGGCACCCCGCUGGCCCGAGAACGACAGGCCAGCAAGUGCCAACCAGUUGUCGUUAACGCCAAAGCCCCGCUUCACCCGGCCCCCGAGACCUCCCUCCUACGAGAUGCACCAGCAGAUCAGGGGAAGUUGCGAGGUGUUGUCUGGGAGAGACUCCGUUAUUUCCCAGACAAGGGACAGGACUCCUCUUCCCAUCCUGCGGACAGGCGACGCGCCACUGGACUAUUUUGCACAGGAGUCUGGACCUCCAGGAUACAACCCCCCUCCAUCGUACAAGCGAGCCCCUGUGAUUAUAGGGGGGCACCGGGGAUUUGGUGAGAUUGCAGUUGACUACAGGUACAGAGGUGAUGUGUACCAACAUAUACAUGUGGCUCCAGAUGGAUCUCACUGGAUCACUCGGCAUCCUGCAGGUUCUUGGUCUGAGCCACCCAGAGAAAGGUGUAUGGCAGGCCAGAAGCAACUCCAUCCUUUGUGUAGUAUGCAGGUCCCAGGCGGAGGCGUACAAUAUAUUUCUUUUGAUGACCCCCGCAUCCGGCACAUUUCCUCAGCCCUGGGCGGGAACUCCCUGACAGACGCUGACAAGAUUCGUCACAUCCGCAAUGAGCUUCCCAGCACCACCGUGUCGGAACCAGCUUCCGGCAACAGUGCCUUUUUGCCUCCGUCUGUGGGGCCUUUUAUCACUGCCAAACUGGCUGGUGAUGUUAAUCAGACAUCUUCAUGUGACUUUGACAAUGACAAUAAAAGGUGGCACAGCAAUUUGCACAAAGAAACUGUCGAUAACUUCUCAGCAACUGACCAAAACUGCAACACAUAUUCCAAAAACCAACAUCCUCCUCCAUUGCCAUCUUCAGCCUUUCAAGCCCCGAUAAGAAGAGCAUCAUCUCGCCAGGGGUCCAGUUUAGAUCAGGUUUUUGCAGAAACCAUCACACAAGUGAAGAAAAUCGUCCCAGAAUCAGGGUUGGAGAAUAACCGCAGUACAAAGAGAAGAGUGAGUGAGACCAUCUUCUGCCUUGUGUCUGUUCCCCUUCACACACCAACUAACCUUAAUAAAGAUUCAUCUGCAGAUCAGAAUAACAAUGACACAAAACGAAGUUUAACGAUGACCAAUACAGGAACAUUUGCAGUUGGUCUCAAAGAGACCCGCAGUCUGCGAAGUAAGUCGGUCAACGAGAUGCCCAUCAAACUCCAAUACUCACACUUUCACACCAGCAGCACUUCCUCCCUGAGGAAUUCCAAGAGGGCUCCUCUAAGGAAGGAAAUUAUCGAUGCCUGGGCACUCCAAGCCAGUGAUGACAGGGAGAGGUGUUAUGCUGGGUCCUGGCCAGGAAACCAAUACCGUAACCAAGAAACCCAGACUGGCUCACCUUUGACUGUUGUGAAAAGUCCAGAACCCCAAAGCCCACCUGGGGUCCAAGAACCCGUCCACUCUGUUUUGGACAGAACCACCGACAGUGGUGUGGGGACAGACAACGGUUCCGCUUAUGGAUACCCCAUGGCUGGCCAGAAAGACCUCCAUCCCUCCAGCAACAGCGCCUUCUCUCGUCUCAGCAACAGCCCAACACCACAGCAAUCACUGCAACCUACGGAACAACAUCUAACCUCCCCAUUUAAGAAACCGGAUCAAAGAGACCAGAAUCCAUCCUCUCCAAAGAGGAGCAACUCAACUCCUCCAGAGUGUUCAGAACAAGUGGCCUUUGGUCAGUUUCUACUAAAACCAGUAAAUCGACGACCAUUUGAUGCUAUUGGUGAGCUAGAGAGCAUCAAUAAGGAGAUGGAAGACACAAUCAGCAAAAGACCACAUGUGGGUCGGUCAAUUGAUGAUCUAGAUGGCACGAAUAAAAGAUUUAACCGAUAUAAACCACAUACACGAUUCAAUGCUUGCCUCAAACCAGGCAGAGAAGGAAUUAAUCUUCCACCCGUACUCUCAGAAAAAACUGCUAUCAAAGUCAGAUCGAGAUCUUUUCCUUCUGCCGAUGAUCUGGAAACCAUGGGCACACAAAAUAUUUUUUCCAGACCACAGUGCAACACACCAUCAACAUAUAAGGUAUGCCUGAUGUCCAAUCCAGACGAGAGGCCACCUCGGUCCUUGCUGCCUCAACACAGGGAUUCAAACCAACCCUAUCGGCAGGAUAUUCCAGUCCCUCAGGAGUCAUUGCUCAGGGAUGUUGGACUAACCGUCUACACAGAAGCCCCUAGUGGUCAUGGGGAGACAAUGCAACGCUCACUCCUGGUCCCAGCGCCACUUGACCACAAGGACUUGUCAGUGCAGCUUUUAAGUGAGAGCGGCACAGCGCUUGUUGAAAAUACUCGCUGCCUAGAGCACAAUUCUAGUCAAGAGCUUAAAGCUGAAGUGGACACGGAGACAAAUGCUUCAUUAGACACAAUUCCACAAUACAAGGAACAGCUGAGUUUGAACCUCGGUGAAGAUGAUGGUGAUGAGAAAUAUCGAAUCUCUGAGCCGGUAAAAUCGAACGAGUCAACAAUGGCAGAUAAGCAUCUUGAGACCUUACUGAUUCAUGAGAAAGCUAAUGCAUUACCUACCGAGGACCUCAGUGGCUUGUAUGAAGUUAAAUGUGCAAAGGGAAUCCCGGAAAAUGAAUCAAUUGAGCAGAGAGCAGCCAGAAUCCUGGGUAUUACCAUUCCAGUGGGGGCCUUGGGUGUGUCUGACAGCAUAGAGGAGUACAGUGACGAUAACGAACCUUUUGUAGCUGAGAAACCGCGUUAUUCAGAUGAAGACAAAGAUAAUGUGAUUGAAGAGCCUGAGCAGGUCGAACAGGAAUCCGUCAUUUUACUGGGAGCAGAUAUAGAAGAGGCUAAGCUAUUAAUAAGGGAAUACUCCAAUGAAGAUGGCCGACAAAAGCACAGCUACAAUCACGAUGAUGGCGAACACAAUGAAGAUAAUGUCGCUCAGCCGGGAGCGGUACUGGAUCUGCCUGAAUUCCCACCAAGUAAUCUGCCUCUGUCCCUACCCGUCAGCCCUGAUGAGAAACUAGCACACAAAAUGAGUAGAGGAGAAAAGAAGGGAUGUGGUGGAGCCAGCAAAUUAAUUGAAUCUCUGCAAGAUAAGCUAAGCUCUUCUGCUUCUGCAUCUGCUGCAUCUCUGGGCAGGUCAACCAUAGACAGAAUGGCCCGUCUCAAAGAGCUGGACUCUGUGUCUAGAAUAAGACGCCUCAGCCUGAAAGGGGCCGACUCCAGUAGAGAAUGUGAGAAUGAGGAGUCUGGGCGGGAGAACUUAGUUCAAGAUGAUUCUAAGGCGGUGGAGGAAUUAGAAGAUGAAGGUCUGAAGGAGCAGAAAGGAGGAAAGAAGGAUGUGGAUUAUGCAGUUGAACAGGAAAAUUCAUGUGAAACACACGUUAAGACGGUAGCACUCCAAGAAUGUUGUCAGUCUGAUGAAGAUAUAUGCAAAGUCGAUGGAAAACCAAAGGAGGCAGAACAGACUAAUGAUGUUUUUGCACUGAAAGCAAUACAUGAAGGUAGGGAAGACGUUGAAGUGAAGGGAGACGAAAAAGUACAGCUUGAAGUUGUCGCCAACGCAGGCAAACAUGAACAGAACGCAGCAGAAGUUAGUCGGUGUGAGAAGACCAACAACAUCAAAGUAGAAAAGGUGCCCAAAGCCAAGCGCCGCACGAAGCUCCAAAAGCCUCCGCUUCUUCCUAAACCCCGAAGUGUUCCCAAGAGAGAAAUAAGUCUACCACUCAGCUUCAGCUCUGGGACCUUUACUUCCUCGAAUAUGGAGGAAGAGGAGGAGCUGCACACGGUCUCAGACUCCUACGACCCCAGUCGAGUGGAGCGAGUAUAACCGCUGACUCUGCCUUUUUUCUCUUUUUUUUUUCACCAUCCGUCUUCUCAAGUUAACGACCCUUUUUCCACCAAGGAAGGCUUUCAUCUCAUCCACGGCUCCUUUCGGCCGUGACCCUUCCAGUAUCGUUACAUAUCUCUAAUCCGACAGCCAAAAAAAGGUGGUGUCAGUUUCCCCCCUUCCUCAAUCUCGUCGCCCCACCAAGUGAACUGCCUUCCUUCAAGACGUCCUCUUUGUCGCUUCUCUAACGUUCCUCUCCCGACCGGGUGUUGAUUUCUGAAUGUCAAAAGUCCUUCUGCUCUUCAAAAAAAAACACUAAUGUGACAGCUUUGACGGUAUUGCAUUACAAUCAGUUCCAAAACCUUCACCAAAUGUAAAUAAGAACCAAGUAUAAAGUUUUAUCUAGAAUAUAUAAAAAAGGGAAUAUCAGUUGAAGAAAUGUAUAUUUUCUUAAAGCGUUGGAAAAUGCUACAUUUUUUUUUAAAUUGUGGUAUUUGGGUGUGGCACUAAUAAUAGAACCCCCUUGUUCUUUGCUCUUAUACCCGCGUGAUAGCGAAUGUACCCACAGAGUCUGGGUCGCAACGAGAAACACUGUGGUCUUUGAACAGCAAUAUCGUUAUUGUCUUUUUUUUGGUUUGAGUAUUUAAAACAUUGGUGCUCGGCUUCUUACACCACCGCCGCCACCAGAGCAUUACCAGUAUGAACCUGUAUUUUUCUGCGUUCAAGAGAGGUCUAUAUUUAACUUUGCCGUGGUUAGAAGUGCUUUUCUGCAGGAAACGACCGUGUAGCUAUUUCGAGGUAUGGCGUGCCUUGUGUGUCCACGCCUCAUUCACGUUCAUUCACCCGUAAGUGGGGGGGGGAAAAACGGCACAUCUUUGAGUUUUGUUUUCGAGUGAACACGGCAGGAAUAACAAAAUAGUUGCAAUAAUGGGAAGCAUACUUGCCAACCCUCCCGGAUUUUCCGGGAGAC